UCAGUGUUUCCAUGGUGCGGUUUUCUUGGAAGAACAACGAUAUUGUUGUUUGGGUUCUUUUUUGGUUCUUGUUGUUGUUCCCACCCCAGGCCGUUUGAUCACUGACUGUAUUCAGCACUCGCACGGUGCAGUUUCCUCACAGGACCAACUGCAUUCAGUGAUCUCACAGAGCACUGACUGACCGCAUUCGCCAUUUUCUACUACGGUGCACUUUCCUCACUGAAUCAACUGAGUUCACCGUUCGGCCCAUUUUUCCAUCCAAGUCCCGACUGCGUUAUCGUUUCCAUGGCUUCCUUUUACAGUCCGUACAAGAAAAGGCGUCUGCUAAGUGAAUAAAUGUAAAAACUGCACGUAGCUAAACGGCGCUUCCACUACGCAGUUUCACCACAGGAUACACCCGUUUAGCGUUUCAGCUGUGCAGUUUCUUCACCGAAAACGCAAAUCCCUGCUUUCACGAACUGUUUCAUUCACAGGUCCCACGUACUGCAUUUGUGCCUCUACAGCGCAGUUUUACCGCAGUCCUUCGCGCACUGUGUUUCCGCGGCCGUUUCAUCAUCGCAGGAUAAACCGCGUUCGGUGUUUCUGCACAUUGUUUCGUCGGAGCAGCGACAGGACUCGCCGUUUAUUCAUCACCCACAGUAGAGCAGAGCAGAGCAGAGGAGGCGCACUGUGCUCCAGCAUCGCGCUGCGGCUGCAAACGGCGCAGACAAACCGUCUCCUCAACACAGCGCUUUUGUCGCGAGCCAGCCGCACAGAAUAAAUUAAAACAGAGAAACAAAAAAAAAUGGUGAAAAUCGCCUUCAAUUCGGCUCUCGCGCAGAAGGCGCUCGGCAAGGACGGCGGGCUCGUUCCCGCGGAGAAGGACGUGGAGACGGCCUUGGCGCGCGGCCAGGAGGGAUCCGCAGGCCGCUGUCUUCUCACCCUGCUGGGUCUGGCCUUCAUCCUCACCGGCCUCAUUGUCGGGGGAGCUUGUGUCUACAGGUACUUCACACCUAAGAAGCUCUACCAUGGAUCCAUGCACUUCGCUGAGCUGAGUGCCAACACCCACACGGUACCCGACGAGCCCUACUACCUGCCCCGCGUCGACGAGGAGGUGGAGAUCCACGAGCACGUGGCCAUUAUCAGCGUGCCCAUCCCGCGCUUCGGCGUCGGCGACCCUGCUUACAUCCUGCAUGACUUCCGGGAGAAACUGACGGCCUACCUGGACCUCACCCUGCGGACGUGCUUCGUGAUCCCCCUCAACACGUCGGUGGUCCUGCCUCCCCAAGACCUGCUGGACCUGUUUGUGCAGCUGAUGUCUGGCUCCUACAAGACCUACCUGGUGCACGAGGACCUGGUGGUGACAGAGCGCAUUGACAAUGUGGCCAAGCUUGGCCCGUUCAUCUACAAUCUGUGUGCUGGAAAGGAGACGUACAGGAUGCAGCGUCGCAGCGAGAUCCUCGGUGUGCGGAAGCGCUCCGUGGAGAACUGCACCACUGUCCGCCACUUUGAGAACAAAUUUGUGACCGAGACGAAGAUCUGCAAGGCCUGAGGGGUGAUGGCCUACGAGGGGGUGGGGCAGACGAGAGGAUCUUGCCCACGGAGCUGUUCUCCAGCGCUGGGGGACGGCAGAUGAUAGGUGGUCUUCCCAAAGGCCCGCUGGCAGAAAGCAGAUUUUUAUGCGCUUAAAAAUCAGUGGCAGAUUUUCUUUUGCCCUUCAUUGUUUCUGCUUUUAUUACAUUGAAGAAAUUUUCCUUAUAUGUAUUAUGGAUUUCCAUCCAGCAUAAGUUGCACAAGCCUGAUUCAUCAGUGUACUCUUUCCAUUUUUGUGGAUAUGCAUUUCUACAAAUCGAUUUAUUUGCAUAGCGGACACAUGUCCAGAGCAACGUGCAUAGCUAAUAACUUUACAGUACAACCCAUGUCAUCCAUAUAUUACUCUUAGAUGUAUACAAUAAGCAGCCUUGUGUUUUUGAAAUCACUGCAUCCACUGCACAGAGAAAUAUGAUAGAAUUUGUAUUAGUUAUGUUGAAAAUUCAAUUUUUCUGUGAAAGUCAUAAAUAUAUAUAUAUAAAGUGGUACUCGCUGGGGAGAGAAAUAAUAACCUUUGGAGUUGUUAUAUUUCCUGUGUGUUUUUUUUCUUUUAAACAUUCAUUUUUUGUGUGCCAAGUCAAGCCUCAUUGUUCCCCCCACAGUGCAAAGUCAGUUUUAAGUUUAUUUCCAUUUUCAGAAACAUCCCAUCCAUGUGUUCUUUAGAUGUUUGUUUUACUGCAAUUCCUUAAUGGUCUACUUUAUAAUUCUUUUUAAUUAAUUUAAUAUCUGUGACAUUUAAAUUCUCUGUUGUGCAUUGUCAAGAGAAUCCGUAUAUUUGGCUUUUGUUGUGAAAAUCUGGCAUAUUUGUGGCUUUAACAUAUUCUGCUUGGUGGAGGACAGAAGAGGAAUAUGACAGUUCAGGUAUUAAUUUUAUGGUGUAUCAGGAGAGCUGUGCUUCUGAACUCUGCUGCACACAGGCUCUAUAAGAACCAAAAAUUCAAUUGGGUUUAUAUUCAGAAAGAAUAUUUAAUCCUUUCAGUCUCUUCCAGCUCCUAUCCGAUUUCCCUUUGCUUUUUUGCAUAAUAAAUUUGGGAAUUUGAGUUUUUUGGUUUUUUUUUUUUUUUUUUUAAUGUGAAACGGGUUCUCCCUGGAUCUGCCUUAUGGCAGCCUGCAGCUCAACACUGGAUAAGCUCAAAUCCCAACUGUGAAACUUUGACACAUGAUCUGAUAAAAUGUUGUAAUUUGGUGGGAACACUGUACAUCUGAUACCUGUAUUUUAAAAGUCUAGAUGAUGUAUCUGGGGAAAAAAAAUGAUUCAGGUGAAACCUGGCAGUUGUUAUGAUGUGUGCAAGAUAGAGCUGCUGUACAUCUGCUGGCUGUGUUGUGACUUCCUGGAUGCCGGUGUGGUGAUGUGCACUAACCUUUGGUGGUGUUUCCUGCUGUGGGCCCCACCGAUGGGGCCAGCUUGUACUUCGUGUACUGUGGUCCUGGGUAUCUCUUGUGCGUAAACUAAAAUGCAUUAGCUGUAUGGAAGCAUCGUUGCCAUUCAGUGAAGGACAAUCAUGUAUGUUGAGAACCGUGAGUUAUUUAUGGCUGCGGUGGAAAAUCCACCGGAAGGCAGACUGUCUUUGGAGGUCUUUUUAAGUUUUUGGGAAAGGAAAACUCACUUUGUAAUCGUGUGCUGUUAAAUAAAGAUACAUUUCUUUAUGGCUACAA